AAAAAAGGAAGACAAGUGAAGAGAAGAAAGAGGUGAAAGAUCAAGAGGUUUUGAAGCAUGAAGGCUGUUAAGUGGUUAAAGAAAAAAAGCUUCGGGGGAUAUGAACGCGUCCCCUUAAUAAAAGAAGAGGUUGGCAAUGUAUCAGAAAAGAAAGAAGAGUGGUGCAAAUUUGUUGAGCUAGAGUUUACCAAGCACUGUGAAGGUUGUAUAAGAGAUGUGAAAAAAUGCUGCAAACAAACGAAAGGAGUUGAAAGUGUUGUGGUUGAUAAGGAUAAUCCAGUAGUGGUAGUGGAAGGAAGAUUUCUUCUGGAAAAGCUUUGCUCACGCCUCCAAAAUGUGGCUAAUAAGGUGGUCACAGUUAAGAGGUCAGAGAUGGAAGAAACACAAGAACAAGGCGAGAGCAGCCAUGGAGAUGACCACGUUAGCGAACCAGAGGAGGAUAAGAAGAACUAAAAAAGAUCAACUCCUUCAUUAGACUAAAUUUGUUUAUUUAUUUAUUUAUUUGCUAGGAUAUAUUAAUAUGGUGGUGGUGUAUUGAAAAACUAAUGGAGGUUUAGGUACGCAAAGAAAUGAAAUUACUUAAAUUCCUUACUUUAAUAAGUAUAUAUAUUGAUCCUACAUUAGAGUUAAAAUUGUUGCUUUUCAGAAUGUUGAGUAUAUCCAUCAACGGGGUCCAUAGCUCAAUGGUAAGAGUUUUUGUUUGCAUAUCAAUGGUUUUAAGUUCGAAACCCCCAAUGACACUUACACCCUCCUUCUUCCAAACUUUGCCCCGA